CGGAAUUAACCCUCAAGGCUAACCUGCUGCCUGUAACCUGGGUAGGUACCUGUAUCCUUGUUUUUAUUUAGUAGAUCCUCUAUCCCUCAGAGACUCUGGAUCCCCUGCAGUCUUCUCCUCAUCUGGUGACCCUGGGAUGAUGUUUUCAAGUCCUUCCAGAGAGGAAUGUCCCAAGCACCUGGGUAGGGAAGGCGUCAUGGCUGCCAGCUUCACAGCAUUGCUUCUACUUCAGGCAGUGUCCUGGGCAUCAGGUGCCCGCCCCUGCAUCCCUAAAAGCUUCGGUUACAGUUCAGUGGUCUGUGUCUGCAAUGCCACAUACUGUGACUCUCUUGACCCCCUGACCCUUCCUGCCCCUGGCACCUUCAGCCGCUAUGAGAGUACACGCAGUGGGCGUCGGAUGGAGCUGAGUACAGGGACCAUUGAGGCCAAUCAUACGGGCACAGGGCUCCUACUGACCCUGCAGCCAGAACAGAGGUUCCAGAAAAUGAAGGGGUUUGGAGGAGCUAUGACAGAUGCUGCUGCUCUCAAUAUCCUUGCCUUAUCACCUCCUGCCCAAGAUUUGCUACUUAAAUCAUACUUCUCUGAAGAAGGAAUUGAAUACAACAUCAUACGGGUACCCAUGGCCAGCUGUGACUUCUCUAUCCGCAUCUACACCUAUGCUGACACCCCUGAUGACUUCCAGUUGCACAACUUCAGCCUUCCAGAGGAAGAUACCAAACUCAAGAUACCCCUGAUCCAUCGGGCUCUGAAGUUGUCUCAACGCCAUGUUUCACUCUUUGCAAGUCCCUGGACAUCACCUACUUGGCUUAAGACCAACGGGGCAGUGAAUGGGAAGGGGUCACUCAAGGGCCAACCAGGGGAUAUCUACCACCAGUCCUGGGCCAAAUACUUUGUCAAGUUCCUGGAUGCUUAUGCUGAGCAAAAGUUACAGUUCUGGGCAGUGACAGCUGAAAAUGAGCCUUCUGCAGGGCUGAUGAGCGGGUACCCCUUCCAGUGCCUGGGCUUCACCCCUGAACAUCAGCGAGACUUCAUUGCCCGUGACCUGGGCCCUACCCUUGCCAACAGUACUCACCGAAAUGUCCAUCUGCUAAUGCUGGAUGACAACCGCUUGCUGCUGCCCCAUUGGGCACAGGUGGUGCUGAAAGACCCAGAGGCAGCUAAGUAUGUUCAUGGCAUUGCUGUACACUGGUACCUGGACUUUCUGGCUCCAGCAGAAGCCACGCUGGGGGAGACACACCGCCUGUUCCCCAACACCAUGCUCUUUGCCUCAGAGGCCUGUGUGGGUUCCAAGUUCUGGGAGCAGAGUGUGCGUCUAGGCUCCUGGGAUCGAGGGAUGCAAUACAGCCACAGCAUCAUCACGAACCUCCUGUACCAUGUAGUUGGCUGGACUGACUGGAACCUUGCCUUGAACCCUGAAGGGGGACCCAACUGGGUGCGCAACUUUGUCGAUAGUCCCAUUAUUGUGGACAUCAACAAGGACACAUUUUACAAACAGCCCAUGUUCUACCACCUUGGCCACUUCAGCAAGUUCAUUCCUGAGGGUUCUCAGAGAGUGGGGCUGGUUGCUAGCGAGAAGAGCCACCUGGACACAGUGGCCCUGAUCCACCCUGACGGAUCUGCAGCUGUUGCAGUGGUGCUGAACCGUUCCUCUAAAGACGUGCCUCUUACCAUCAAAGAUCCUGCCUUGGGAUUCCUGAAGACCAUCUCACCUGGCUACUCCAUUCAAACCUACCUGUGGCGUCGCCAGUAAUGGAGCAGAUAUUCAAGGAAGCACCAGGGCUCAGUAUGGACAUUUAAGUGACAGAAUCAACUAAGAUGCUAUCUGUAGCUAAAGAGGACAUAGCAGGGCCAGGGUGAGCUUACAGUGAUGUAAGCCCAGGGCCAGUGGUUUGGGUGACUCAUUCUCCCCUGUAGUUGGUGCCAGGGGCUGGAAACCCUUGGGGAAAGAUCAGGAAGCCCAAGGCCCCCACCUCCAUGCUUGUGUGAGCGUAUGCUGUGCUGGUAGCCGUGGAAUCUGGGCCCGUGCCCGGGCCCAGGCCCAGGGUGAGCUCACUGUCUGCAAACACAAGAUGGGGAGGAGGGGUCCAAAGAAGAGACUAGGAGUUGGGGACUGUUUGACUUUCCUGGGGAUGCAGAGCUGGGCUCAUGUAGAAGCAAUGUCGGCAUCACAGCAAAAGCCAAGAGCCCUAGGGAGGCUCAGACACCCAGCUGCCUCCCAUGGCACCACUAGGAACAAUGGCAGACCUUAAAAGAGAGAAUGUUUGAUUCCA